UUCAACACUACUAUAUAACAAAUAAUCUGAGAUUCCAUCAGCUAUGUUAUCAUGGUUGUGUUACUGGACACUGCUGACCUUAGUAAGUUGUGAUCUCAGUGGAAAUGAAGCGCUCAACACUGAGAUCGAGGCUCAUAAGUUCCUUCCAGAGUGGUUUCUCUCCCUUAUUCAGAACCUGUUCACAUACAGCCUGGUUAUCGUGCCGGGAGCACUUGCCAUUCGCUGGAUAAAACAGACCAAUUACAUCGAGAAAAUCAAUCCAGGUGGGUGGCAAUAUAAACUGAUUCUGACUUGUGUUCAUGGAAAGCAGGACUUAGUGGAUGCAGAUGAUCUGGGAGAGAAAGGACCGGAUGGUCAGCCUAAAGAGAAAUCGAGUGGAGGACCAAGAAAACUUCUCAUUUGUGUUAUUGGAUUGCAGUGCUCUUAUCUAAUGUGGGGAUAUCUACAAGAGAAGAUAAUGACAUCAACCUACGGAGAUCUCAAGUUUCAGGACUCUCAGUUCCUCGUUUUUAUGAACAGAAUCCUGGCUCUGUCCAUGGUGUUUGGGUAUAUCAGCUUGGUUAAACAACCUACCCACAAGACACCACUCUACAAGUAUUCCUUCUCCUCCUUCUCUAAUAUUAUGAGUAGUUGGUGUCAGUAUGAAGCUCUUAAAUAUGUCUCUUUUCCUACACAGGUGAUAUGUAAAGCCAGCAAAACGCUCGCAGUUAUUCUGAUGGGUAAGGUAGUUUCGCGCAAGAAGUACCCCGCUUACGAGUACGUGUGCGCGGCGCUCAUAUUCGUCGGUGUCAGUGUCUUCCUAUUGUGGAACCCUCAGGAGACUUCAAAGAAUUAUACCAAGGAAACUACGCUCUCAGGGUUAUUCAUCUUGCUGGGGUACAUAGUGUUUGACAGUUUCACUUCAAACUGGCAGGGAGAACUCUACUCUUCUUACAAGAUGUCAUCUUACCAAUGCAUGUUGGGUACGAACAUCUUCUCCUCUCUUUUCACCGGAGUUUCCCUUCUGAUGGAAGGAAUGUUGUUCUCUAAUCUCCUCCUCUGUCUCCAACACACCAAUCUUGCCUAUGAUGUAAUCGGAAUGAGCAUCUUCUCUAUGACCGGUCAAUUCUUCAUAUUCUACUGUAUCGAGACAUUUGGACCUGUUGUAUUCACCAUUAUCAUGGCGUGUCGACAAGUCCUCAGCAUUAUUGUCAGCUGCUUCAUGUUCGGACACCCUCUGACAGCCCAGUCAUUCCUGGGCGCUCUUAUCGUCUUCAUUGCUAUAUUCCUGCGCAUCUACGCGAAGCAAAGAUCAACCAGAGCGUCUAAGUAAUUAAAUCUGAUCCCGAAAGUGAAUCGGAAGACAAUGCCAGCAGCACUGUUAAAAGCACUAUUGACAAACUAGUCACUAAUUGCUAUUAUAAGAUGUGAUAUUUUAUACUAGUGCUAAGCUAAAAGAAAGUUCGGUAAUGACAUUUCAAAAUAGUUUAAUGUAUAUUAGAAUCCUGUUUAAGUUAUUUUCAAGAAUUGAAUUAUAGAUGUGAUCAAUUUCGCCGCUAAUAUAAACGUUUUCACUGUUAUUUGGUAAUCUAUUUGCAGUUUAAAGUUGACAUUAAACAGAA